GGAGGCCGGGCUGUGUUUAUAGAAUCAAAUGACGAAUUAAAACCACCUUGGCAGGAGAAAUAAACACUUGAACGUACAUUAUUGUGAUAGUAAAUACCUAAAAUAACAAAACACUUUUUUCAGAGGUGUUCUCGCUCCGCCCGUUUUACCAAGUAUGCAUCGGGUCUGGCGGAACGGGAGUGUUUAUUGUCGCUACCCGGACGACUUCUGGGGUUGCACUGACUGAGCCAUAUUUGUUUUGCAAUAGUAGGCGGUGGGAUGUGGGUCAGAGGUCAGGGUGGGGGUGUGUGUGUGUGUGUCCCCGUGUCCCCGCAGCUGUCCCCGUGUCCCCGUGUCCCCGCAGCUGUCACUGCAGUCGUUAUUUCGGUCGCUGAGGCGUCAGUGGACCUUUGUCUGUGACCAGUAACGCUCCGUUCACAGGCGCUCACAGCAGAUGUUUUUCUGACCAUGAUUGAUGAGCCAUGGACCACAUCACCUUUCAUUAUGAUACAGUGCUGUCAGACGUCCACAUGCUUGUGUCUAAACCACGCCACCUCAUGACACGCCUCAACCAUGUUGGACAACCAGUCUUCAUCUCCAACUUCAAGAUCUUGUCAGAUGUUGAAAGGCUCGACAGCAGUGACUCCGGGAAAAGAUCAGCGGAGCAGAAAUCUGUCAGCUCGAGGGAAGACUGUGAAAAAGACGGAGAGGAAGGAAAUGAGGAGCCAUGCUUGGAUGAGGAUGGAGACCUGGACAUUACACGUAGGCGAUUCCGUGUUGAGGACGGUGGCCGUGGCCGUGACCUGGUCUGCCCCAUCAUUCUUAAACAGUCCAGUCCUGGACUGGAGCAUGAAGAGGAGGGUCCAGAUGAUGAGGACAAGUGCACCAAAGACAUUAUAAAGAUCGAGCACACCAUGGCGACUCCUCUGCAGGAUGUUGGCAAGCAGGUGUGGCGAGGGGCGUUCCUCCUGGCUGACUUCAUCCUCUCAGAGUCAGACUUGUUUAGAGGAGCUACAGUCCUAGAGCUGGGAGCAGGAACAGGCUUCACCAGCAUCGUCAUGGCAACCACUGCCAAAACGGUGUACUGCACAGAUGUGGGAGAAGACCUUCUGAGCAUGUGCAAGAGAAAUGUUUCAUUCAACAGACACAUGACUGAGCUUACAGGCGGUGAGGUGCGAGUGAGACUGUUGGAUUGGCUCCAGCCUUCCCUUUGCACAGACGCUGAUGUGGACUUCAGCUGGACUGAGGAGGAAGUGGCAGAUGUGUAUGACAACACUCGCUUCAUCAUUGCUGCUGAUGUUAUCUAUGAUGAUGAACUGACAAGUGGCCUCUUUCGAGCGCUGCACGGCCUCUGUAGUAACUGCAAUCACACCUGCACCAUCUUCAUCUCCAUAGAGAAACGUUUCAAAGUUUGUGUGUCUUUCCGUACAAGGAUGAACUUCACCCUGCGACACAUGGAUGUUUGCUGCGAAGCUUACAGUUACUUCCGACGCUGUCUGUCCCAACUCCAGGACCUGGACGAUGGACGAUGCAGCUUUCGGGUCCAACAGCUCCCCUGUGACUUUGCACAAUUUUUCAUAUAUGAACGAAUAGAGCAGCUGGAGCUGUGGAAGGUGACUGCCACUCCACGUCUGUCUGAUGAAGUCUGCUCUAAUCCUGAGCUGAAAUCCUCACCUGGACUCUCCCUGUACAGACCCGUGAGUUGUGUGUGCUGGACUCUGACGAGGAUCCAGACCCUCGGAUCUAGUCCUGCCGGGAGGAAUCCAGCACGUCUACCAUGGACUUCUGAGUCCAGCCUAACACACAUGUGUUUGCCUUGUUUACUCCUGAGCUGUGCUCACUCCAGCAGAUACUCCACCUUGUGGCCAAAAGGAGAAAGCACACCUCUCUGUAUGUGAGAAACUGGAGCACAGACACUGUUGUGUGAGCGACACUGUUACACACAACAAUACUUUAUAACCUCUUUAUAACAUUUGAAAUGAAGUAACCUGAAAUAUAUAGGAAGGGGGUGUGGCUUAUUCUGUUACACUAGUGUAGUCAUAUUUCCCCCCAACACCCCUCACCUGCCCCUGCCCCUGCCCCUGGCCUUCACUCUGAGCUGACUGUGGAUGUUCAUGCAGAUGUUCUGAUGAAGAAUUUACACUUGCUUACACUUGUAUCUCUAUUUUUACACUUGACCUGACUGUGUGUGUGUGAGUGUG